CCACAGCGACCGCAUGGACGGAGCAAAGUUUCUCCCGGACUGCGGAUGGCUGAACUUGUCAGUUGCUGAUUCCCGUUCCACCAUGCCAUGCCAGCAGUUGGUGAUGCUGUGGUGGUGCAGGGUCUACCUGCAUGUCAAGGAUUCAAUGGACGCAGGGGCCGCGUGGAGCAGGCUUCCGGCGAGACGUACCAAGUACGACUCUCUGGUGGCCUGCGCGUGCAGGUCCUAGCGAGCAAUCUGUCUGCCGCGGAGGUGCCCUACGGGGACGGCUCGGCUGCGGACAGCACAGACAGCACGGACACAAGCGACGAGGAAGAGACAUCGGAGACGCGACGCAGGAGUUUGGUGACGGAUUUCUUUGCAUUGCUGGACCCGGCAGGGAAGAAGAUGUUAAGGGGGCCGGAGAUGUACCACUUGGCAAAGGCCUGUGGUUUUCAGGAUGGAAGAGAAGAGUGGGACGAUGAAUACGAGGCUUUGUGUAAGCUCUGUCACGUCUCUGAUGGCUUCUGUUUAGAGGAUUUUGAAAAGCUCCUUUCAGACCAGGACUUGCCAACCUUCUGCGCCACCUCAGAAAUUCCCUGGCUGAUGGAGCAAUCGGCCAAGAGUCUCCUGCCCGCGGCUCGCAACAGUUUGACCUCGACUUCCACCGAGGUCAAGAGGAAGAGCCGGCGACGGUCCUCCACGAAGUCGUCAACGAAGAGAGGGAGCAGAGGUCGAGCAAGGUUUUCGAGGCAGGAAAAGGUGCGGAAGACCAUUCAGGAGAGCCAAGACCGUCGUGACGCCAUUGGUUUCCUCUUCCACACCCUGGAUGCCGACGGCGACCAACGGCUGAACCUGCCGGAGCUGGAACGUUUCGCCUCGAUGUGCGGCUUCAGUGGGGAGUGGCAAACCGAGUACGAGGUCAUGUGCGAAGUGCUGAAGAUCCCAAGCUCCAAAGGAGUCGACUUCCUGCAGUUCAAUCGCCUGGUCAGUGAUGAAAAGAGUAACGCCUACUGCAGCGAUGAGGAGUUGCAGCAAAUGGUGAUGUAUCUCAAGUCCGAGCGUCGAGAGAUUGCCUCACGGCUGGCUGCGAUCCGCAUCCAAGCUGGGGCAAGGGGCUUCCUGACCAGAUCCCAGGCCAGGCGCUCGGCGUUGGAGGUGCCAAGUCUUUCCAGCACUGCAGGGCGCGACAGUGACGACUCGCAUGCGAUCAGUUUUUGCUGGAAAUCAGUUUGACGAAGGAGUCUCCAGCGCUGCCUGAACCCCCUUCAGCACCCUGGAGCGAAGAAGAUUGAGGAGCUCCAGAGGUGAGACACCCAGCUCCGUUUGAGGUCGGCUAGAGGAAGUUUUUCAACAGCGGUUUUUUUUGGGGUCAAAAUUGGCCAACAGCCAGAGGAUUCGCCAAAGUGGGAAGGAGCCUCUGCCGAUUCCAAGCUUUUCGACGUCACCCGGUGAAACCGCUGGCGUCUGAUGGUCUUUGGACCAGUGGCACUGGCUCAACAUGCGCAUCACUGACCCCAAAAAGUGGAGUCAGCGAUGAUUCCAAACGCCC